AUGUACCGGACCGGGCCCAAGAGCGCCAGUGUUCUGGAGACUGCCAGCCACACGCUGCGCAGCGCGGUGCUGGAGGAGUUCCGCAACAACAAGGUGCGCAAGUACGAGCUCAAGGAUAUCUGCGGAUACAUGGUGGAGUUUAGCACCGACCAGCACGGCUCGCGGUUCAUCCAGCAGAAGCUCGAGACAGCGACUCUGGAUGAGAAGCAGCUUGUGUUCCAGGAGGUGCUGCCGAACUCGCUGUCGCUGAUGACCGACGUGUUUGGCAACUACGUGAUCCAAAAGUUCUUUGAGCAUGGCAACCAGAUGCAGAAGCUCAAGCUGGCCAAGCAGAUGGAGACCCAUGUGCUGGUGCUGUCGCUGCAGAUGUACGGCUGCCGCGUCGUGCAGAAGGCCCUGGAGCACGUGGUGACCGAGCAGCAGGCGAGCAUAGUGCGUGAGCUCGACGGCAACGUGCUCAAGUGCGUCAAGGACCAGAACGGCAACCACGUCAUCCAGAAGGCCAUCGAGCGCGUGUCCGCCGAGCACAUAAAGUUCAUCAUCGACGCGUUCCACGGCCAGGUGUUCAAUCUGGCCACGCACCCGUACGGCUGCCGCGUGAUCCAGCGCAUGUUUGAGCACUGCACCGAGUCGCAGACCCGCCCGCUGCUCGACGAGCUGCACAAGUUCACGACCGGCCUGGUGCAGGACCAGUACGGCAACUACGUGAUCCAGCACGUGAUGGAGCGCGGCCAGCCGCAGGACCGGUCGCGCGUCUGUGCGUGCAUCCGCGGCCACGUGCUGCAGCUCAGCAAGCACAAGUUUGCAUCGAACGUCGUCGAGAAGUGCAUUGCCUACGGCGAGCCCGAGGACCGCAAGGCGCUGAUCGCCGAGAUCGUCGCUGUGCGCCGCGACGGCAUCAGCAACCUGGUCGUCAUGAUGAAGGACCAGUAUGCGAACUAUGUUGUCCAGAAGAUGCUUGAUGUUGUCGACGAGCAGCAGCGCGACAUGAUCCUCAGCAAGAUCCAGCCCCAUAUCUCGACGCUGAGAAAGUUCACCUACGGGAAGCACCUGAUCAGCAAGGUCGAGAAGUACCAGGGCAUCGACGAGUCGAGCAAGCCGUCGGCGUCGCCGGAGCCCGGCCCUCCCGAGCCCCAGGCUACCCCGCGGAGCUCUGGCCGCGCGCCAACCUCCUCUGGCAGCACCGGAUACCCGCGCUCGCAUGGAUCCGCCAAAUAG